AUACAGUUUGAUUUUAGAAGUUCAAAGGAGUUGGAGUUGAUAAAAAAAAAAUAAAAAUAAAUAAACCAGCAAAAUUUGAAAUUUAUUGCGUGUAAAAUUAAUUUUUGUUAGAAUAAUUAUUAGUUACGUGUUAAUUACUUUUAGUUUAAUUUAUAAAAUGGAUUUUGUGAAUUUGACAUCUCCUCACAUGCUGUCUGAUAAUAAAUUACGUGAAAUAUUAAGAGAUAGAUGUAUUGACAUUAAAGAUAUUGAAUUUAUGGAUAAAUUGAAAUUACUUGAAAUAUUUAAACGCAUUGCAAUGCCGAUGCCGCAAAGAAAAUAUAAUGAUCAGAGAUCAUUAGGUAAAAAAUUGUCUGAUUUGAGAUUAGCUAAAAAUAUAAAAAUUUCUGAUGAUGAUGAAACUAAGAGUGAAUUACUUGACAAAUCAUUUGAAUCUGAGGAUAAAAAUAAUUCAAACAAAAGUCCUAACAAUGGGAUUCUAAAAUCACCAAUUAAUAAAUUAAAGUCUGAACAAAACAGUAUUCGGCUGUCAAAUAAUAUUCAUCAAGUAUCAAAUGAUCAAAAAAGAAAGUACAAUAUGUCUCCAGAUCAAUCGCCAACAAAGCGUCAAAAAAUUUCAUGGCCUUAACCAUACAAUAAUUAUUUUUUAAUCAAAUCAAAUUUAUUUAAAUUAAUAAUUUUUUUAUUAUAAAAUAAAUCGAGAUACAUUCAGUACAUAAUUAAAAUUAAUUUUAUAUAUUUACGUUGAAAUUAAAUGACGGCAUAAAUAGUAUUAUAAAGAAAUAUAAUUAUAAGAAUUUAUAUUAUUUGUACAUUGGGAUUUAUUUUAGUAAUUAUAUCAACAGUAAUUACAAAACACUUUUAAUUUAAAUUAACUCAAGAACAUUAAUUAUAAUAGUACGUUUGUUAUUAUAAUAUAUAUAUAUAUAUUUUUCUUUUUUUUUUUUAUAUCUUAUCUGUGUUCCUGAAAACUGGCAAGCUAACAAGCGCUAAGACAAAUACAAUACAAUUUCCGAAACAUUUUAAAAUUUAUUAUUUUUAUUAAUGCUAAAUUCUUAAACAUAUAUGUAUAUAUACGUCCAUUACGAGAAAAUGUAUAACAAAUAUACAAGAACAAAAAAUAAAAUAAAAAUAACAAAAACAUUAUUUAUGACUCGUUGCAUUAUAUCAAAUACUUAAGUAUACAUGGCACAAAAUAAUUUGGAAGCAUUAUAAAUUUAAAAUAUUCACUGUACAAAAAACUAAAUAAUUAAAAUCAAGGAAGAUAUAUAUAUAUAUAAUUGUUAAUAUUAAUUAUAUUAUCACUUAUUAAUAAUAUUAAUUGUCGUUAAUCACUGAUGACGAGGAAUGUUGUUUGAUAAAAUUGACUUGUUAUUAAUAAUUACGCUGUGAAUAACUAGUGAGUAUAUUUUAGACAGGUGUUUCAUGAUCAGUCUCUUCAAUUCUUCCCAAUCUCCAAGCGUUUGGAUCUCCAGCAGCUAAAAUUUUUAUUUUAUUAUACAUAUUAUUAUUAUUAUUAUAUUUAAAUAUAUGUGCUUUAAUUUUAUCUAAUUAAUUAGACAAACAAUAUUUACUUCUAGUAUUUAAACUACAGAGGAGAGAUGCUCACGAUAUUUUUAUUAGUUUAAAUUUAAAUAAAAAAAAUUUCAAACUUACCACAGUAAUAGUAUCUUAUCCUAGGCAAACCUAGGCAAAUAAAAAAAAUAAAUAAAUCAUCAAUAAAAUAAAAUAAUAAUAAUAAUAAUUAUAUUAUUGUUAAAUAUAAUGAUAUUAGCGUGAUGAAAAACGUACUUGUUUAAAAUAAAUAUUUAUAUGUAUUCAUUUUUAUGUAAGACUUAAGCGUAGUACUGUACAAUUUGGAUAAUAAUAAUAAUAAUAUUAAUAAUAACAACAAUUAAAUCCAAUAAUCCAUUUAUUCAGCGCGCAUUAUGGAUAGUAAAUAAAAAGUAUAUGAAAAAAAAGGUCUUGGCGUAAACUAUUUUAUGGAUUUAAAAAAUAUAUUAAAUAAAAUAAAUGUGACUGAGGCAGGGAUCAAGUGACGGGUUUACUUUUUAACAUCCACUUAACGUGUGUUUAAUAAUAAAUAAAUAAAAAUAAGUUUGAAGAAUAAAAAGGAGUGGAAAUAACUCACCUGGAUAAAACCGGGAAGAGAAUAAUGGAGUAACCCAGUGGCAUUGACGUACGUAUUUAAUACACAGCGAUGUACAGAUUGAUGUACCGAACAUAAAUUCAGAUGAGGAUCGACGAAAUAUAGAUUUUUUAAAAAUAAUUUAUUUUUUAUGGGAUAUAUUUACUGAAUAAUUAGGAUUCUGAUUGGGAGGAAUUGUCAUUGGUUGAUGUUUUGGUAUAAAGGGGAAGUACAUAAGGCGCGUGAAGAUGGUUUAGGUGAUGCAGUGCGUUGUUCAACACAUCAGGGCUCGUAUACAGCAGCGGCACUCUCUCCUCUACCCAAAUCAAAACCAAAAAAAUACCAACUAAAUUAUAAAGAUGACAAUGCAUGAUUUUUUUUUUUUUUUUUUUUUAAUGUACAUUGAUGUGUGUAAAACUAAAUAAUAAUAAUUUAAAAUCAAUACAAAUUAGCUUUAAUUUUAUAAAGAGCAAAUUAUAAAUUAUAAGCAAUAAUUACAUUAAGCUAAAUAACAUUUGGAACGUGCAGAGUAAACAGGAUUUAUUUAUAAAUUUAAUUCAGUUGUAUUGUGAAUUAUUAAAACAUGCUAA